AUGAGCGUUCUCGGACUCAGGGUGCGCCGAGGACCGAGCUCGCAUUCUCAUGGUGGCGUCAAAACGCAAACGCACACGACCUAUCGCUGGCAGUCGGAUCCCUUGGCGGCUGCAGACAGCUGCAACAAGCAAGCGCACCAAGCACAGAACAAGGGGGAUUGCGAUGCGGACCAGGGCGCUGGAGCUGCGGACGGACAACGCAUGCGAAACUUUUUGCUUCAGGCUUUCAACGCGCUCGGCCGCUUCUGUGACUUUCUUGACUUACCUUCUUGGAGGCAAGGGCAACAGAAGGCAUCGACACGAGUCAAACUCUUGGGACUCAAGCUUCGCCUCAUUGAGAUGUGA